UUCUCUCCCCUCUCCAGCGCAGACGUUUUGUGGCCUCAAAUUUCAAGCUUACCGCGAGAGAGAGAGAGAGAAGGAUUAGAGAGAGAGAGAGAGAGAGCGCGACCUCAGCGACCUCCUACGAGGCACCUCCUUACUCUGUCUCUCUGUCUCUCUCUCUCUCUCUAUGGCCUCCCUGCCAUCUCCUGCUGCCGCUAUCUCUUUAGUGAACACUUCCAUAGUUGAGCAUGAAUUCCAAACUAUGCAAUCCAGUUUCAUUCCUGCCGAAAAGUCCAGAUGCAGGGUGCGCAUUAUAAGAAAGGUUCUGCAAUGGUUAGUCCAAUUCAGAAGACUUCAUUUCCCCAACGGCUAGAGUUUAGAGAGGCAUUCUCUUUGUUGGUGGAAGGCAAAGAAUUAGAAUCAGGUGUUUACGUUCCAUUGUUGCAAGAGUGUCUGGCGAGGAAGUCCGUGUUUGAAGCCCAGGCUCUCCAAGCUCGCAUGAUUAAGACAGGGAUUCACGAGAAUCUGUUUCUUUCAACUUUCAUGAUCAAUGUUUAUGCAAAAUGUGGUCGCAUGGAAUACGCGCGCAGGAUGUUUGACAAUAUGCCUCAACGUAAUGUUGUUACGUGGACUGCCUUGAUGACUGGCUAUACUCACAAUUCCCAGCCCAUGUCCACAGCUCGCGUGUACUGCGAGAUGCUGGAAUCGGGCGCUUAUCCUACAAACUAUACGUUAGGAACUGUCCUGAGUGCUUGCUUUUCGCUAAAUGAUGUGAAUUUCGGAAGACAAAUACACGGUUUUAGUGUAAAAUAUGGGAUUGAAGAUGAUAUUAGUGUAGCAAAUGCACUCUGUAGUUUCUAUUCCAAGACUGGAUGCAUUAAAUCUGGGCUGCAGGUUUUUCAAAGGAUGCCGGAGAAGAAUGUGAUCUCAUGGACCACAAUCAUCUCAGCUGUUGAUGACAAUGGUGAACCAGAAAUGGGUCUUCAACUAUUUGGAGAAAUGUUAACAGAGGGCGUGGAACCUAAUGAGUUCACUCUGACCAGUGUGCUGGGUGCGUGCUGUGUCAUGCAAGCACUGGAUGUAGGGAAGCAAUUACAUGGUUUUAUCAUCAAAAUUGGUUUAGAGACCAAUGCGCCAGUUAGAAAUUCAAUUAUGUACAUGUAUCUGAAGAAUGGAGAGAUUGAGGAUUCACAUAAAUUAUUAGAUAAUAUGGAUGAAAUGAGCCUAAUUACAUGGAAUAAAUUAAUCGCAGGUCAUGCCCAGAUGAUGGACCGGAUGGGCAAUGAUCUUUCUGCUCACCAUAGUGGUCUUCAGGCUUUGAGAAUUUUCCAGAAGAUGAAUAGAUCGACAACCAACCCUGACCUGUUUACCUUCUCAAGUGUGAUUUCUGUGUGCAGCAAGCUGGUAGGCUUAGAACAAGGGGAGCAGAUUCACGCUCAAACUAUUAAAACUGGUUUCAUAACGGAUGUUGUAGUUGGAAGUGCAGUGGUUAACAUGUACUCGAAGUGCGGAAGCAUUGAGAAAGCUAGCAGAGCAUUUGUUGAAAUGCCAACAAGAACUUUGAUCUCUUGGACAUCGAUGAUCACGGGCUUUGCUCAACAUGGCAGAUGCCAUGAGGCUUUGCACCUAUUUGAAGAGAUGAGGUUGGCUGGUGUUAGACCAAACAAGGUCACCUUUGUUGGUGUUCUUUCUGCCUGCAGCCACGCUGGUUUAGUAGAUGAUUGCCUUAAAUACUUUGAUAUGAUGAAGAGAGAAUAUGGGAUUAAUCCCGUGAUGGAUCAUUAUGCUUGUGUUAUAGAUAUGUUUGUUCGAAUUGGGGAGCUAGAUAAGGCUUCUACAUUCGUCAGGGAAAUGGAAAUUGAGCCAAACGAGUUUAUUUGGUCCAUCCUGCUUGCUGGAUGCAGAAGCCAUGGGAAUAUGGACUUAGGUUUCGUUGCUGCUGAGAGAUUACUGGAACUGAAGCCAAAAGAUACAGAAAUAUACUUCAUGCUGUUAAAUACAUAUCUUCAAGCAGAAAGAUGGAAAGAUUUAUCACGGGUUCGGAAGAUUAUGAAGGAAGAGAAGAUAGUGAAGCUGCAGGACUGGAGCUGGAUUAGCAUUAAAGGUGUAGUGUAUUCCUUCAGAGCUAAUGACCGAUCACUUCCCCAGACUGUAUAUAUACAUGAAUACCUAGAGAAUUUGCUCAAAAAAUCCAAAGAAAUGGGAUACAUUGCAGAGAAGAAUGCAGAAAUAGCUGAGGAUGAGGAGGACGAACAGAGGUUUGUAGAUCAAGAGAACUGUACGAAAGAGUGUGUUGCUACUUACCACAGUGAACUGCUGGCUGUUGCUUUUGGUCUGAUCAAUGUCCAGGAUGGCGCUUCAAUUCGCAUUAUCAAGAAUAUUCGCAUGUGUCGCGAUUGCCAUAGUGUUAUUAAGACCUUCUCAAUCAUAACCCAAAGAGAGAUCAUUGUCCGGGACGGGAAACGCCUUCAUCAAUUUCGAAAUGGUGUAUGUUCAUGUGGAGAUUUUGGUGGUAUGGUGUGAGAUGAUCGAGUCAUGACGAAUCAUGAAUCAUUUUAAGGACUUAUUUUGGGUGGCAGUAGAACUUAAGUUGAAAGAACUCGUCCACCUUUUGCUACUGUUAUGACCUUAAGGCCUGUAAAUUUGAGGACAAGCCUUCUUUUCCAUUUUUCUGGGCUUGGAGAAGCAUCCUUCGUGAAUGUGUAAGUGAUGGGAAAUUCUAACAACUGGUUGUUAAUCAAAUGGACGGUUGAGAAAGAUUUUCUCUCGGGAUGUAAAUGGGUAGGGUGUGUCUUCUGGGGAUUUUGGUUUUUUUUGAGGUUCCAAUUCAACCAAAUUUGGUUUGCUGUGUAUUUAGAUGAUCCAGACCUGAUUCAUUUACAUAACUAUCUUCACUUCACAUGUGAAAGAGGGGAAACUAAAUUAUGGUUUAUGCA